AUGAAAGCAAAGGAUAAUCAUGGAAAUACUCCACUCAUUUAUGCAUCAAGAUAUAAUAAACUUGACGUUGUUCAAAAUCUUAUCACAGUUGGAGCUAAUAAAGAAGCAAAGAGAUAUGAUGGAAGAACGGCACUGAUGUUUGCAACAGGUAAAGUAAGAGAUUACUUAAAAACUAUUUGUACCAAUUAG